GAAACGAACAGAACAGAAGGGAAGCUAGAAAUUGCAGGGACAUUUUGGUAACCCAAUCCAACCGAAGCUUCUCACUCCUCCAAUGACCACGGAAAGUUCCUCUAAUCUUCUCUCUUCUUCUUCUUCAACCUCUAGAUGGAAGUACGAUAUCUUCCUCAGUUGCAGACGCAAUGACAGCUGCAGAAAUUUUAAAGACCAUCUGUAUGCUGCUUUGAAUCAGAGGGGAAUAUUCACAAUUGGAGAUGAUGAUGAAUUGGAAAGGGGGAGGGAAGAAGCCAUGCCGCCAGAGCUCUCGAAAGCAAUUGAAGAAUCAAGAUAUGUAAUUCUUGUUCUUUCACAAAAUUACGCCAAUUCAACUAGGUGCUUGGAUGAACUUGUAAAGGCUCUUGAAUGCUCAAGAUUGAUGGGGCAGACAAUACUCCCAAUCUUCUAUGACGUGGAACCAUCUGACGUACUAAGACAAAGGGGGAGCUUUGCGAAAGCCUUCUCGGAGUAUGAACGGGUCUUCAAGAACAAUAAGGAGAAGGUGUACAGGUGGAGAGAUGCACUUAAAGAAGUAGCUAAUCUCACCGGAUGGAAUUUGCAAGACGGAUUCGAAUCCAGAGUUAUUCAAACUAUUGUCGAAUGGAUUUUCAAUGAACUAAAUGAAUCAAUCUCAAGUGUAUCCAAGGAUUUAGUUGGGAUCGACUCUCGCGUGAAAGAGAUUCUCUCAUACUUGGAGUUAGAGACAUGGCCGGAUGAUGUUCAGAUAAUAGGGAUUUCAGGGAUGAAGGGUAUAGGUAAAACAACUAUUGCACGAGUUGUUUUUGACAGCAUCCGUGCUAGGUUUGAAGCUUGCAGCUUUCUUGCCGAUAUUAGAGAGGUAACUGAUAAACAAGGUCCAACUCAUUUACAAAAGCAACUUCUUUCAGACUUGCUGAAAAGAAAUGUAAAUAUAUGGAAUGUUGAAAUGGGAAUAAAUGUACUAAGGGAGAGACUACACACUAAAAAGGUUCUGAUCGUUCUUGAUGACGUGGAUCAGUUAGAACAAUUGGCAGCAUUGUGUGAUCGUAGUUGUUUUGGUUCAGGUAGUAGGAUCAUCAUAACAUCAAGAGAUGAACGUCUGCUGAGCACAUUUGGAGUGGAUAAAGUAUACGAGGUUGAGCCAUUAACGGACGAGGAAGCUUUUAAGCUCUUUAGUUCGAAAGCCUUCAAGAAGGAUGUGGUUGGAGAAGAGUUUCUUGAGCUAUCAAAGAAUGUUGUAGAAUUUGCUAACGGUCUUCCAUUAGCUCUUAAAGGUUUGGGUUCGUUCCUUUUUGGUCGAAGCAUAAAAGAAUGGUCAAGUGCGUUGGAUAGACUGAAAGAAAAUCCAGCAGAAAACUUAUUGAUGUACAUGAAGUAAGUGUGGAUAUAAGAGAAUUAUUUGGGUAUCUUGCAUAGUUUUCUAAGAAGAGGACAAAGAUAGUGGGUUACAAGAGCAAGUGGAGAAGAGUGUCAGUUGGAGCUUCACAACAUUAGGACAUUCUUGGAACACUUGUUCUCAAUUUACUUUGAACUAUGAAUAUUUGAGGUGUGUAUUAAAAGAACAAAAUGGCUUUUUGUCUAUUUUGGGCAUUUAUGUAAGUGGAUUUUUGACUGUGU